AUGGAGUCGGUCAGAUUUGGGAGCUAUGAGGAAGCAGCUCGUAUCAUAUCCGAACUUUUAGCUUUGUAUGAAAAGGAGGAGAAGAUGUGGCAACAGCGCUCUCUUGUUACUGAAGAGAUGAAGGUAGAGUUAGCACGUCCUUACACUUCUGAUGAGGUAGAUGCUGCUAUUAAGGAGAUGGCACCUUUGAAGGCUCCAGGGCCAGAUGGGAGGAAGGGUUUUAUGGCCCUAAAGCUUGAUAUGAGUAAAGCCUAUGAUCGAGUGGAAUGGGUUUUCCUUGAGAAGAUUCUUUUGAAGAUGGGAUCGAUAUUGGAGGAGUGCCUUAAGAUCCAGUCACUAUUGGAUAUCUAUGAAGUGGCUUCAGGCCAAAUGAUUAAUAAGGAGAAAACUAUGCUAUUUUUUAGCGAAAAUACAGAUACACAAACGCAAGAUGCAAUCAAAGUGGCACUCAAUGUCCCUGCCAUUCAACACUAUGAAAAAUAUUUGGGGCUUCCAUCCUUUAUUGGCAGGGAAAAGAAGGCUUAUUUUACUAAGGUGAAAGAACGAAUAUGGGCGAGGAUGCAAGGUUGGAAGGAAAAGCUUUUGUCUCAAGCAGGAAAGGAGGUUACGAUCAAGGUUGUAAUUCAAUCCAUUCCUACUUACUCGAUGAGUGUUUUUAAAUUGCCGAUCAAUCUUUGUAAGGAUAUUGAAGCAAUGAUUCGCAAAUUUUGGUGGGGGCAAGGUGAUUCAAAAAAGAUUCAUUGGGUGAAGUGGAGUUCCUUGUGCUCUUCUAAGUCGAUUGUUGGGAUGGGCUUCAGAGAUAUCCAAAAGUUUAAUAAUGCUCUUUUGGUUAAACAAGUGUGGUGGUUGAUCCAUCAAAAAGACACUUUGCUCUACAAGGUGUUUAGUGCGAAAUACUUUCCUCAUGGGAGUAUUAUGGACGCUUCAGUUCCUCAAAAGUGUUCAUAUGCUUGGCGGAGUAUCUUACAAGCUCGGGAGGUCAUUGAGAAGUGUGCUAUCUGGCGUGUGGGCAGUGGUCAUGGGAUAGAUGUGUGGAAGCAUAGAUGGCUCCCAAACCCGACCUACAACAAAAUUGUCUCUCCAAGAAGAGAGUCUUCUGUGUCUCGGGUUAGUGAGUUGUUUUAUCCGAAUAUUCGAAUAUGGGAUCCGGGAAAGCUUGAGGAGAAUUUCUAUCCGUGGGAGGCAGAGAUGAAACGGUAUCGCUCUUUUCAGGACUUGCUUGAGGCAGUGAUGCUGAAAAGCUCUCAGUUUCGGGUUGCUCUGUUUUGCACCACAGCUUGGAGUUUAUGGCAGCGACGUAAUAGGCUCAGGGAGAAGCAGCCAUCAUGGAAUCUUCAUGAGUUGGGCAGUCAAGCUAAGGCUUAUGUUGUGGAUUUUCUCAACGCGAAUUAUCAGCCCUCACAAGUUUCUUCUUGGCAUGCUCAGGUGUCUUGGUCUCCGCCGACGGAAUCGGUAUAUAAAGGAAACUUUGAUGCGGCUUUCUUUGACACGUCUGGUUGCGCAGGUGUUGGAGUGGUGUUCCAUGAUUUCCAGGGCCAAGUGAUCACAGCUUUGAGUCAAAAAAUUCCUUUGGUUUAA